AUGGGUGAUCCAGAGCGAGCCCUCCUAGCCUCACGAGCUGAUCGCGGUGCGCUACUGAUAGAGGAAGAGCGUCAGCUGCAAGAAGCUAUCCGAAUAUCCAGAUUCGACCAAGAGGAUGUCAGCACAGCUAGCGAGGCCGGCAGCGAAACAGCCAGUGAGGAUGAGAGUGUUGUUGAGACAAGUUCGACAAAACGCAAAGCUGAGGAGGACCUAUUGAGCAAACGGCCAAAGGCUGCCCGGCCUUCCGUAUCGGUUGGGCCUCCAUCGAGCACAAUGAAGUUUCCUGACGGCGCCAUUCGCAUAACACGUACCCCUGGUAGACAGCAUGAAAAGAAUUGUGUCAAUCUGAAGGAUGUCAUCGAUAAGCGAAAUCUUGUCUCGGCAUGCAUUUACGCUUUCUUCAUAGCGAACGAGGAAGUGUUUUGUCAUCUGCCCUUCUCUCGUUCUUCGAAUGCCGUCCCUAUCUAUGUUGGCCGGGAUCCGAACAUGGACCAAAUGGUGCCGAUUGCAUGCGAGCAAGCUGGAAUAACAAUCAAGGGGAAAUUGACAAGAAAACAACUAGAAACGGUGAGUGCCAGCUUGGAUCAGCUGCAUAAAAAGCAAUAUGGUAAGAAUUACCAUACCUUCUACGCCUGGUCGUCCGGCUCUUCGCACUCCAAAAUUCUUGUUCUCCUUUACCCGGAGUUUCUAAGACUUGUGAUUACGUCGUGUAACCUCAUGGAUAUUGAUACUGUAGAGGGCGAUAAUCAUUGGUACAUACACGACUUGCCCAAGCGCUCUUCCCAGAUCAAGGGCUGCCCAACUCAUUUCGAGGAGAAUCUUUUAGCCCAUCUACGAGCACUCGGAUCGCCCGAAGAUUUUAUUGACUCCAUUGAAGGCCGAUACGAUUACUCGAAGGUCAAGGCACAUUUAGUUACGUCUCAGCCGGGCACUUGGUCUGGCGCCAAGGCUGAAGAGCAAGGUCUUCUGCGUCUCAGACGGGUUAUCAAAGACCUCGAUCUGGACUUGGCAAAGAAAGCUGAGAGCAAUAAACUGCAGUUAGAAGUAUGUGCCGCAAGUAUUGGCAACCUCAACACCAAAUGGCUCAAUGGUUUCAGUGACUGCGCCUUGGGGAAGGCAAAUCUAGCAGUGGCAGCGGCAGAUAGCAAGGUUCCGAGACUGAAGUUGUUCUAUCCCACCGUCGGCGACGUCAAAGGCGCACAUGAAUCAGCACAAGACGGUGCAAGCAACAUAGGAUGCCACACGCGCCCCUGGGCUUCUGCACCGAAUGACAUCAAGAACAUCUUCCAUCAUUACGAAUCCAAGGAUGCCGGUUGUCUCUUCCACCAAAAACUUAUCAUGGCCUACAACCCUCAGGACAGCAACUCGCUACCUUACUUUGUUUACCUUGGCUCUGCAAAUUUCUCACAGUCAGCUUGGGGUGCCCUCGAGCCAGACAAGAGCAAAAAAGCAAAUGUAGAGACGGGUGGCACGAAGCUUGUGAAGAUGAGCAAUUUUGAAUGUGGUGUCGUGAUAGCUGGACAUCUGAUCACCGGCCUCCUCGAGACAGGCACUAAGAACUGGACUGAUGGAAUCGUACCCUUCCAUCAGGACGCGGCACGUUAUAAUAUAAGAAAAGACAAGCCUUGGAAUGACCCGAGAUGGGUAGAAGGCUAUAGGGACGAUUGGAAUGGAGGCUCAUGA